UGUUAUCGUUUACAUGCAUUAUAUAAGAACUUAUUAAAAGUCAUCGGUUCAAGAUUAGUAAUGAAUUGAACAAUGUCUAAAUUUAUCAUACGUUUUCUAUAACCUUACUUUUAUGUUCCAACAUACCCAUCUAUUCUAUCCCUGUUUUCAAAAUUUAAAGGAAGUAGUGAUUUGAUUUUAUAUAUUACGAUUCUUAUCUAAAUAGAAGGAUACAGAUUGAAUAUCAUAUUUAUUAAUUUUCUAUAUCGACUGAAAUUUUUUUGAAAAACCAAUUGAAUAACCUAUGAUCUGGAAAGUAAGCGUUAUGUGUACAUUUGAUAAUUCUAUUUAUUUAUAGGACUGUAACUAGAAUCUGAAUGCAUUCAACGUACUACGUUUCGGUAAAUUUAAAACCAUCUACAGCAGAUCCAUUCAAGCUCCUCCGCAUUUGCGGUUAUUUUAUACAAAAAAGGGAAAGAAAGCGAGGCCUUAUUUAAACAAUCCUGAAGAAUAUCAAUUUAUCUUACAGUUUGACACUGUUCGCCAAUUUAUAUCAAUUUAACUAAUUCAGCUGCUUGACGGUAUAGCGACAGUUACAGUUUAAACAUUGUUCGGGUCUGGAUGUUUAAAUUUUUUCUCAAGCGUUCUCUUUAUGUGCUGUGUUCGCCAAAACGGCUUUAUAAAUAAAAAGUGUUAAACAAGUACACAGUUUCCAUCGGGAUCUAACCCUUAAUAAAUAGGGUUAAAGUUGUUUCAAUAAAUGGAUAUUGAAUCCAGGCUUUUGUUGAAGAAAAUGCUUGACAUUGACUCGAGCCUCUUGCAAAAUCAUAGACAACGGGAAACUACAGGGAUAAAAAAACUAUACAACAGUUUUUUCGUUAUGUUUUAAAGAAAAAGAAAACGUGAAACAUAUUUGGUAGUGAGUAUAGCUGAUAUUUAGAAUAGGAAAAAAAAAGUAGCUGGUAAUAAAAACUUUUAUAAAUUGAUAUGGAUUAUCAACUUUACGAACAUUCGGAUAUCUUGUUGAACGAGAAUUCGGAAAAUUCAAAAAAGUGUUGGAAUUUAUCAACGGAAUGCAGCAUGGACAAUAAUAGUGAUUUAUUCGGAUGGAGUACCUUGAAAAUUGACGAACAAGAUAAAAUUUCAAGAAAGAGGAGAUUAUCGGAGGAACUAGACCAAAGCAAAAAUAAACAAGUGCCUAAGGAAACACAAGAUUCAAAUAGGAAAUUGAUUUUGAAGAAAAACAAUAAUGCUAGAGAUACUGUGAAAAUGCAGCAGUGGCAAGUAGAGGACUAUGGAGAUUUAAAUUCAGACAUUGACAAUUCUUUAAGUCUUGGUAAUGAUUUAAUAGAUGGUGCAUAUAGUGAAAAUAUUUUAACGAUGAACGGAUUAACCGUUUUUAAACAAGAAGCACCAUCACCGACGUCGAGUGAUGUCUCAAAUUUGCAGGCAGCUAGAAAAAACAUGCAGAGCUCCUCCACGUCUAACCACCUGAAUGUAAAUAGUACAAUCGAUGAUCAUAUGAGUCAAACUAUGUUCAGUAAUACGAUAAAUCAAUUACUGAAUCAAGGCAAUUUGGCUGGGUUCCAAAACGUUGUGGAAAAUACCAAUUUAUCAUCUUCCAAUUCUCAAGACAGUUACAAUAUAACAUCUACCAAAUUCAAUCCUAUCGAAGAUAAAAGAUUCCAGUACGUUUUAGCAGCUGCCACUAGUAUCGCAACUAAACAGAACGAAGAUACGCUCACUUAUCUCAAUCAAGGACAAAGUUAUGAAAUUAAAUUGAAAAAACUUGGAGAUCUAUCCUACUACAGAGGUAAAAUAUUGAAGACAUAUAUACGUGUAUGUUUCCACGAGAGACGUCUUCAAUAUAUGGAAAAGGAACAGAUGCAAUUGUGGCAAACUUCCAGACCUGGUGACAGAAUUCUUGAAGUUGAUAUCCCCCUUUCGUAUGGAGCCUUUGACAUUACUCAGCCAGCUAAUGCUGUAAAUGUGAUCCACUUUAAUUGGGAUCCAACAAAAGAAGUUGGUGUUUAUAUUAAGGUGAACUGUAUCAGUACAGAAUUUACUGCAAAGAAACACGGUGGUGAAAAGGGCGUACCUUUUCGCAUCCAAGUUGAAACGUGUCAAAAUUCUGAUGUAACGUCUUUCAGUGGCCAAAAGAGAUUACACGUAGCGGCUUGUCAAGUGAAAGUUUUCAAAUUGAAAGGAGCAGAUCGAAAGCACAAACAAGAUAGAGAGAAAAUAAUGAAACGGUCAAUAUCCGAACAGGAAAAAUAUCAACCCAGUUAUGAUUGCACCGUUCUAAGUGAUAUAAUUGAUGCCACUUCGCCAUCACCGCCAUCAUCACCAGUUAGUACAGACGCCAGUACCGAAUGCACCCCGCAGAUUGGGAACCACUUUAAAAUUGCGAAAGCUGAUACUUCCACAGACAUAAGCCAGAAGCCAGCCCCGAUUCUUCCAUUAGAAAGUCAAGAAGAUUCACAUUCCAAUAACAACUUCCAACUUUCCCAAUACUCUACACCAGAAGAUACUAUAAGAUGGUUGACUUUGAACAGAUUUGAAAAGUAUUUGGAGACAUUUGAGAGAUUUUCUGGAGAUGACAUGUUAAGGAUGUCAAGAGAAGAUCUAAUUCAAAUUUGCGGCAGCGCCGAUGGCAUUAGAUUACACAAUGCUAUUCACCUGAAGACAAUUUUGCCAAAACUGAAGCUAUACAUUUGCAAGGAAAAUUCGCCAGUUUUCAAUGCAAUAUAUUUAUCCUCGCACAGUAGCAAGGAAUUGAUUGAAAAACUGGUAGUGUUAUUAGGAGUACCUCGAAAACAAGUGUGUGAUGUUUAUAUGGAAGGACCACAAUCCAUCCAUGUUCAAUUGAAUGAUGACGUAUUGAAGCAUAUUAAAGAAGAGGCCAUGUUCUCAAUCAAAAUUAUGCAACAAGAGAAUAAUGUCGGUUACGUGUUAUUAUUGAAGCGCACUUUUAAAUAGUAAUUUAUUCAAUGUAAUUAGAUUACAAAACAAAUUUAAAGAACUAUUGGGUAGGUGCUUUAUUUAUGAUGUAACUUUACAAAAGUGAUUAUAUUCAUUAAUGGUAAAUGCUAGUAUUAUCUAUAGGAUUAUGAAACAAACUGAUUAUUAUUAUGCAGAGGAGAAUUAAUGUGAACAUAUUUUAGUUAAAAAGUCACUUGAAAUUUAUAAUUGGUCUUAUUAUGCAUCCUGAGAACAAAAGUGACCUGAUCUAAAAUUUGAGAAAAUCGAAUUAUAUAUAAACGAUCUGGGUCAUGUGCUCUAAGUGCCAAGAUACAAAGUAAUGGAAAAAUGAAAAAUACUAGUCAGUAACUCAAGUGUCUAGUUUAUUUUUAUUGACCCUCUACUGCAUGAAUUAUGAAAAAAAUAUUUGAUAGUUGUUAAGGUUUGUUCAGGGAUAACAUUUACUACAAAAAUGAAAAUUAAAUAAAUUUACUUACAUAAACUGAGAAAAAAACCCAGUAACUACACCAACACUAACUUCGUCAAUGGUAGUAACCUUUUCAAGGAAAAAUCCACGUUCUUGUUUUUUUCAACUAAAGUCUUGUUCCUCAGAAAAUAAAAAUAAUCUCUUGUGGUAACUGCUUAGUUCCAUUAAAUUUAAAAUUAUUUAAAAUCUUCUAGAUUCUAUUUAGAUUCCCAUUUUAUUUUACUGGGCGUAUAUUUUUCGCCUUUCCUAUUUCUGUGUGGAUUGUGGAGGGUUAUUUUCAUCAUCAGAGCAAUCACUAUCUGUUUCUGUAUAGCAAGAGAUCGUCUAUGACGUUGAAAUUGUCUAGGGGAAACAUAUUCACUAUUGGAAUCGGAAGCUAAUUCAUUAUCACUAAGCUAGCCGUCCCUAGGUGUAGUAUUAAUAUGCUUCUGAGAGCCUUAAAAAUGAGCGGGAUCCAUUCUUCAAGCAAGGCUUGAUCUUAUGCCAUUAAAUUAAAUAAAUAAAUCUCUGCACUGAUCUUCCCCAUACUGUGUUUCGAUCGUCUUGAGUAUUAUAUUCAUAUAUAUUCAUAUUCGUGAAUAAAACAGUUUUCCAUUGCUUAACAGUUCAACGAGAAUGUUGUUUGCCAAAUAAUCGCCUUUCUCUGUGAUUCCUUUCCAGGAGUUUUAGCCUUGUCGCAGAAUGCCUCGAAAAAUUCCAUGCUCCCUCAGUCUUGGCUUACACGUGUAUUUCACGCCACUUCAAGUCAGACCUGAGGCUCAGGAGCUGUUAAAUGUCUGUCAUUCCAUAUAGACAGCGUUAUAAAUAUGACGUUGUAGCCGCCGUAACGGACGCUUCGAUCUUCUCUGUCAGGCAUCAUCUGGGGCAAUGUCUACAUUCUCGACCAAAAUAAAAAACACGUCUAUAAUUGACAGAAAAAAUGUGUAAAUGUGCGAAAACAUACUUACAUUUUAGACUAGUUCUACCUGUAAAUCAACUUUAAGACAAAUAAAUUAUCUGAGUGUUAUAUAAUGAUCCACUAAUCUUGAAGAGAUUAGUUCAACGAACUUAGACCCCACAUUCUCUGUAUUAACCAGAUUACUCACAAACAAACACAUUCCUGACAAUUAGCUCUUAAUACGAAAAAUAUGAUUUUUUUUUGCUGUAGAAUUAAUGUACGCCUCUGCAUCACUUAACAUCUAAAUAACAAUUAUCUAUCAUCAGUAACAUCUUAAGUUUUAAGUUGUGCUAUUGCUUUUGUAUUAUUAGAUGUAGUAGCAUAUUAAUUUUAUAAUCUACACUCGUAAGGAAAAAAAUCGACUCGAGUCGCAAGCUCGCGGUCAAAAGUCUAGCAAAAAAUUUGUAGCUUCCAAACCCAAUCAAUACUUAGUGUGCCCUUUUCUGGAUCUAAUAACAACUUCCAAUCGCUUUUUCAUACAUCGAAUAACUUUUUCUACUCGAUUUUGUUCGACGCUAUCCCAUUUCUCAAUGAACUAUGUUUUGAGGUCCGUUUUCGUGGCUGUUGCAGAACCGAAAUUUUCUCUUUAAGUCAAUUUCGACAUCCUGUGAAUACUGCCGUGAGGAACCUCAUCUAAAACCACGUUUUCUUUUAUAUAACACUACUCGAAUAUUUCUACAAGUCUUGUAGACUCGUCCUCUUCUAUCGCUAAUAUGCAGGCACACUCUGCUUUCGUUUGAGAAGAAAACGGAGCCCUAUUGUCCAAUUAACGUUCUUUCUGGAACAUCGUAGACGGGAUGCUUGGUGGACUGCGGUUAAUUUGGGGUCAGUAACUGGGCUUUUUGGCUCAAGGUUAGCUGCCUUAAGUCUUUUGAGUGUCCAGCCAUUCCUUGCGUUUCUAUGAGCUUUUUUUGGUACACUAGGAAGGGCCGGAUUACUUAACCAUGUGCUAACAAUGAAUCGGUCAUCUCUCUCGGAUGUGUUCUUUAUUCUUCCGAAAACGCAUCUUCGAUGAAAGUUACCAGUCUCUUGGUAACUAUGGAAACAACAGACUGACUCAUGUUUAGCGCACUGGUCAAUUUCUCGCUGACUUCGGCCUUGUCGCUGUAGGGUGACAGCUUGUCAUAUGUUGUGUCCAUUCAUGUAGAAUUCUUGUUUGUUAAUUAAGAUGUGUAUCGAUGACGUUUGAUGGCUAACUGAUAGUGGUGGGUCACGUAGAUAAUCUUUUAUAAGGGUCAGUUACCCCUAAUUAACAUUAUUGUAAAUAAACAUAAAAAGGGUGGUUACCUAUCAUAUUGUUGGAUUGUGAGAGCAAGAAACGUUAUAAUAUUUCACAUCAUUUUAUAGCUAAUAACAUUAGCUUUAAGGUUUUAGUAAGGAAUAUACAAUUUCGUCAGUGACUCGCGAUUUUUUCACUCACGAGUGUAUUCAACUUGAUAUAACAAUGUUAUGUGCCUUUGAUCACUAAUAUUAGAAACACUUCGCUGUUGAACGAAAGUUUCUUGUGAGAUUUCUAUUAGUUUAAGAAGUUAUUGUUCACAAAAUAAAAUGUUAGAGGAUAUGUAAACUAAAAUAGUAGUAUAUGGAUUAUUCAAUGUCAAUUUUUUUAAAUAAAACUAUUUUUUUGAU